CUGAGAGAGCCAUGUGUCAUUAGCCCACCCAAACAGACACAACAUGGUGAACACAGCUGAAGAUAGAGAUUGUGGGAGAAGAGCAACACCAGAGGGGGUGGAUAUCUGGCAUCUGUGAAAAAAACCCAUGGGAGUAGCAAGAGAGGGGUAGGUACUGAGGGUUACAGAACCAGCCACUUGGCCCCAGGAACUGACAUUUGCAGUCUAAGAACCGCUGGCUGUCCUCAGAGGAAGACUGUCUGUGUCCAGAACCACGGGCUGUCCCCAGUUGAAGACUGUCUCUGUAUCCACUACCACAGGCUGUCCCCAGUGGAAGUCUGUCUCUGUGUCCAGAACCACAGUCUGUCCCCAGUGGAAGACCGUCUCUGUCCAGAUCCACAGGCUAUCUCCAGUGGAAACCUGUCAUUGCUCCCAGCACCAGCAAUUAUGGUUGUCCUGCUGAUAUCCGUGACUGUGCUGCAUCUGGUCACUCUAGCCAUGCUUUUGAUUGCCAUAAUGGAAAAGUCCUGGUGGGUCUGGGACGACACUGAGAUCAGAAACCUCUGGUAUAACUGCAUUCAUGACAACAGGACAGGGAAUUGGCUGUGUGCUGCCUCUGAUGAAAAUGACUGGUUGCAGGCUGUCCAGGCGCUGAUGGUCCUUUCAGUGGUGUUCUCAUCUGUCUCCUUCAUGGCCUUUCUGGGGCACCUCUUCACCAUGUCUAAAGGAGGGGUCUUCUAUUUCUCAGGCCUCUGUCAGGCUGUCACAGGUUUUACAUCAUUUGCUGCUUGUCUCAUCUUCACAUUCCACUGUAAAGAGAUCCUGGGUGACACCAGAGACCUGAGAAUCGGUCACUUUGGCUACUGCUUCAUCUUAGCCUGGUCCAGUGUGCCCCUUCUGCUCUUUAGUGGAGUCGUGUAUGUACACUUGCGCAAGAGCCCGAAAUAAGGGCUGUUUGCAAUAUCACUUGACUAGUAAACAAUAAUAGAGACACAAUUCAUAGGUAUUUUUUUCAUGUUUCACAAUUCAUAGGUAUUCAAAUUCAUGUUUGUUUCCGAAUUUUCUUGGAAACACAAAGAUGGGGAUUGUAUUUGAUUUCUUAUCUGAUUUACAUAUACUGUAUUCUGUUUAUGUACUAUUAAUACAUAUGUUAAUUACAACUUUGAAGAACUGAGUCUUCAUUUUAUGGAACAUUUUAGGGGACUGCUGAUUAUACUGCUAGAGUGUUCAUUCUGUCAUUCCGGUAAUUAACUAUUGAUUUUCACACAAUCUUUCUCAUGAAAAGCAAGACAUUUCUGAAUAAGGGAUCUCAAGCAUUUCAUUUGUUUUUAAAUUGAGGUGUAAUAUUCAUUUGCACCACAUGCCCACAGUGGGGCGCUCCAGAAUGAUACACAACAAUGUGCCACUAUGUUUUUUGUUUGAGAGACUCCUUCUGUGAAGUGUCAGUCCUGGUUACCUACCGCAGUGUACACCAAAACCGUCUUACAGUGUUCUA